AUCAGAAUCUGAUCACCACAAACACAUUGCGAACCAAACACUGAAAGUCAUGUCUGUUAUUGCUUUCUUUCUCUUCACCCUCAUCUACUUUUCAAGUUCAUAUUGCUCUGCGGGAUAUCAGAAUCGACACAGGUACAUGGAGAGGAACCUAAUGAUAGCGUUGGCAAGCAAGAUUGGUAUCAACUAUGGUAGACAAGGAAACGACCUCCCAUCUCCUUACCAAUCAAUAAAUUUCAUCAAAUCCAUCAAAGCUGGUCAUGUCAAGCUCUACGACGCCGAUCCAGAGACUCUAACACUCCUCUCUCAUACCAACCUCUACGUCUCCAUAACCGUCCAUAACCACCAGAUCACUUCCCUCGGCACCAACCAAACCACAGCUGAAGAUUGGGUCAAAACAAAUAUCCUCCCUUACUAUCCACAAACCCAAAUCCGAUUUGUCCUUGUCGGAAACGAAAUCCUCUCCGUCCAAGACAGGAACGUAACGGCCAAUCUCGUACCUGCGAUGCGCAAAAUCGUGAAUGCUCUCAGAGCUCAUGGCAUCCACAACAUCAAAGUCGGGACAUCUUUACCUAUGGAUUCUCUCCGGUCGACGUUUCCACCGUCGAACUCAACGUUCCGUGAAGAUAUCGCCGGACCGUUGAUGUCGCCGUUGCUGAAGUUUCUCAACGGAACAAACUCUUACUUCUUCAUCAAUCUUCAACCUUACUACCGUUGGUUGAGAAACCCUAUGAAUACUAGUUUGGAUUAUGCUCUUUUCCAAGGGAAUUCAACUUAUACCGAUCCUCAUACCGGUUUGGUUUACCAUAAUCUCGUAGACCAAAUGUUGGAUUCGGUUAUCUUCGCCAUGACCAAACUCGGUUACCCACAUAUCCGCAUUGCGAUCUCCGAAACCGGGUGGCCUAAUUCCGGAGACAUCGAUGAAACCGGAGCCAAUAUACUCAACGCAGCAACGUAUAACCGGAAUUUAAUCAAGAAGAUGACCGCAAUUCCACCAAUCGGUACACCAGCUAGACCCGGUUUACCUAUACCGACAUUUGUUUUCUCAUUGUUCAACGAAAACCAGAAAUCCGGU